GCCGUCACGUGAUCCCGAACGGCGCCUGCGUGGGCGCCCACGUCCGGUGGCGCUGGGAGGAGGGUCCGGGAUGUGGCGGAGCCCGUGAGAUGUUGGCGGCGCCUCACUGACGGGGCGGUGGCGGGGCGGCUCCACACGGCGCACGUCUGAGCGGUGGGCUCCGGCUGGGACAUGUACAACAUUGAGCUGGCCGAGCUGGUGUGGGGGAGGCGCCCGAGCGGCGGGCUCUCCGACUCCGUCUUCCGCAGAUGGAGCCAAGGGUUUGUUUUAAGUCAGUCAGAAGCAACAGCCUUGGAACAGUUUGAAGGUGGACCCUGUGCAGUGAUUGCACCUGUUCAGGCUUAUCUUUUAAAGAAUUUUCUAUUUCAUUCUGAAAAACCAAAUUGGCGAAAUUGUACAGAAGAAGAGCUUAAGCAUCUUUUCUGCCUCACCCUGAGUGAGAUUCUAGAAACUGCUAGAUUAAACAACUCCAGCCCUUUCUGUUUGGUAAUGUGGGCAAGAGGAAAACCAUCAGAAGAACAUGCCAGUAUUUCUGAAAAUCAGCCAGAGUCCAGUCAAGGGACUGAAGAGGAACAGCUCUCUGCCUUGGCUGCAGAGGAGCUUGGCUCUGAGCGAUUUCAUACACUGAUUCAAAAGCGUACAUUUGCAAAUGUGACAGAACUGAAGGAGGCAGUUUUAAAUCAGUAUUCAACCUGGAAGAAUCGGUUUGGAGUCCUGCUUUUUCUUUAUUCUGUCAUUUUAACAAAGGGCAUUGCAAACAUUAGAAAUGAAAUUGAAGAUGCAGCUGAACCUUUAAUAGAUCCUGUAUAUGGUCACGGAAGCCAAAGCCUAAUCAAUUUAUUGCUGACUGGGUAUGCAGUUCUGAAUGUAUGGGAUGGAGACAGAGAGUGUUCUGGAAUGAAACUCCAUGGUAUAAGAAAUCAAGCUACUAUAGGUUUUCUGACAUUAAUGGAGUCUUUGCGUUAUUGCAAGGUAGGAACAUUCCUGAAGUCACCUAAAUUUCCCAUUUGGAUACUUGGCAGUGAAACUCAUCUAACUGUAUUCUUUGCGAAGGAAAUGUCCUUAGUUGCCCCAGAAUCUCCUUGGGAACAAGCUAGAAGAGUAUUCCAAACAUACGAUCCUGAAGAUAAUGGAUUUAUACCAGACACACUGCUGGAAGAUGUCAUGAGAGCCUUGGACUUAGUGUCAGAACCUGAAUAUGUGAACAUUAUGAAGAACAAAUUAGACCCAGAAGGACUAGGUAUCAUUUUAUUGGGAACAUUUCUACAAGAAUUUUUUCCUGAGCAGGAAUCUACUAUUCCGGAAUCGUUUACUGUUUAUCACUACAAUGGAUUGAAGCAGUCCAACCACAAUGAAAAGGUUAUGUAUGUCGAGGGAACUGCUGUGGUUAUGGGCUUUGAGGAUCCAAUGGUGCGAACCGAUGACACUCCCAUCAAGCGCUGUUUGCAAACAAAAUGGCCAUACAUAGAGCUCAUGUGGAAUACAGACCGGUCACCUUCCUUAAACUAAUUCCAGAAAAUCUAAAACCAAACAAAAUUCCAAAUAUUAUAAGCUGUACUGCUUUUGAAAUCUAUACACAAUUGCUGCUAACUGGAAUGUAGUGUCCAUGAAGUCCUUAAGAAACUAUAGACCUUAAUUAUUCUACUAAUUACUAUUGAUAAAGGUCCAAGUCACUGUCUUUCACUGCUAAUCAAAAGAUUAUCCAAGGAGAAGGCUUACAUGCUGUCAAUUUGACUGUGCUUGAGGGAAUUGUUUCUUAUAUCAUCCUGGAGAUUGUAAAUCUACAAUUCUUUAAAAUAAUGGUUUAUUAGGAGUAAAGUGCAGGUUUGGGACUUGGAAUUCUGGGUUCAAUUUGUGCCACUAAAACUACAGUGGAGCAGGACUCCUGGCUGAUAAGAGCCAAAACUAUAGAUCCCAGUGAGAUACGAGAGAUCCUAAAUGGAUAGAAACGAAAUUCCAAAACAAAAUGUAUUUCUCCAAAGAUUUUCUGUGAGCUUGAGAUAAUUAAUUAUUUCGUACUGUAAACAUCUUGGGCAUUUGAAAAGUCCAAUACAUAACUUAUAUUAUUCUCAGCUCACAUAGAUCCUAUUGAAUUUAGGAGAUGGCACUAGCUGGAAUUUCUGGCUUAACAUGGGAAUGCACUCAGAAUUGCCACCAAAAAUGUGAUUUGAAGUAGGGAUGGCAGGUGAAAUAUUUACCUAUCUCUGCCCAUUCUCCCACACCACCACUACUGUAGAAUUUGUGUCAGCUUUUAAAUAGUGGCAGCUCACUGAAAACAGAUUCAGUCUCAAACUGUGGAGGAUUUGAAUCAAGCGCACUAAUUGUAAGUUCAAAAUAUUUACUCCCUUCAAAGGUAGAGUGUUUCUCCAGAAUAUUCUUAGGGAAUGUUUUAAAGGCAACUUUUCACCUAAAGAAUCAUUUUGCAGAGCCCAGCAAAAUAGUUCAUUCAUUUGGAUGUUUUGCCUUAUGUCGCCAAAGUACCCACCACAGAUGAUGCCCCUCAAGAAUAAUUCAUUCCCAUAUAGUGUGCAUAAUUAGACAAAGUUCAAUUCAUGUUGGAGUUAUUCUCGUUAUGUUCCAACUGAUAGUAGAAAUGCUAUGAGAUCUCUUUUGUGAUGUCAGUGGAGCACAUCUGCUCAGAUAAAUGCUUUUCGUAAUUGGUAGGAGUUAAUACAAGAUUGCAUGCUCUGGGUCAUAGGUGUAAUUGGGAAGGGAAGGGCCAAAUUAUAUUGAAAGUAUACCCUUCCUCCACCCCACCCCAUUCAUCUAAUUGCCUUGUAAGUUAAAGUACAUGAUUUUUAACUUUAAUGCAAACAGGAUUGACAACACCCUGUAUAAUUGGGUGUAGUUGAGUUUAUUUAUCUUCAGCAACCCACAAACUUAACCAGUGACAGUGACUAAAAGCUUAUCUUUUACAGUGAUCUCUUGUUAAAAACAAAUUAAUUGGAUAUGUUUGGGAGAGCCAUUUGCUUAACUUUAUUUUACUUUGUGAUGCAUUGCAUAUGCUUUUAACUACCAGCUGAAACACUGGGUAUGUGGCUCUCUGUAACAUACUGGAAUUCUGUAGUUUACAUUUAUGAAAUGUACCACAGUGGAAGCCAUAUAAAGAUGAAAUAUAAAUGCAAAUUGUGGCUAAAUAGAUGAUACAUUCUAGAUCUACUCAGUGAUUAACACAGCUUAUCUCUGAAGUCACCCAGCUCUCUUGUUACAUAAUAUUGCCAAGAUUAAUUUCCUUUUGUGUCAAAAUUACACUGUUUGCCAGUGUCCAUGUGUAUUUAAAUCCUGCUUGUUGUUAAAUUGCAUGAGAAAUGAACAAUUUAUUGCCCAUAAAACACUAGAGUUCUCUUAUUUAUUAUGAUUUGAAAGUUGGCCUAAAAUAAAAAUAUGGUUGAAAAAUGUUUUUGAUUUAUUUUCUUAAUGCUCUGGGGAGCUAAUUUUAUGACUGUUUUAUUACUUGUUUCUAGGCUGAACAAAGGUAUUGUAAAAUUACUUUUCAUUGAUUACUAAUUUUCCAAAACAGUAAUUUUAUCUGUAAAGGAUAUCUUUAGCAAUAAAUGGUCCAUGUUUUGGUUUAUUGGAGAAUAUUAAAAUAAUUCAGUUGAUUCUCG